AUGCACAUGGACGACAAGGCGCCUACGGCGUGGUAUAUGCCACUGCUGCAACGGCCGAUUAUGCUACACAGCUCUCGCGAUCCGGGAAAAUGCACACUGACUCCCGAGCGAUGCGCCUAUAAAUCCAGUUAUUGGCGGUUUUGGUACGAGGCCGACCAUGUAUUCGCCCUUCCCACCGUGUACUUCUUCCUCGCCGCCAUUGCCAUCUUUGCCAUCGGUCACUUUGCCAGCGCCUUUGCCCCUGUGAGCAUAACUCGCCGAUCGCUGUGGCGCCGCGCCGUGUCCGGCCUUCGAUUCUGCGCAUACAAGACAUGGCGCUUCGGCAACCGCAACUCGCAGUCCCUCGGCGCCUAUCUUCUGCUCGGCGUCGGCAUCGUCUUCUUCGGGGGCAUGACACUAGGCCCCAGACCCUACUACUGGCCAACCGACGCCAAGUACGGCAGCUCGCCGCCGCUGGCGACCCGCACAGGCUGGAUGGCGCUCGGCUGCAUGCCCUUCAUCUUCUUGCUCGGCGCCAAGGCAAACAUGAUCACGGCUGUGACUGGUAUCCCGCAUGAGAAGCUCAAUCUCUGGCACAACUGGGUGAGUUGGGCCAUGUUUGUGCUGGCGCUCAUCCACACCUUUCCAUUCAUCAUAUAUCACCGAGACGUCCCGCGCGACUUGCACAAGUCCUGGGUUACGGGUGGCGUCUGGAUCACCGGGGUGAUUGCUUUGGUCGCACAGGCGUGGCUGACAUUCAUGUCCAUUUCGUGGAUCCGAAACAAAUUCUAUGAGUUCUUCAAGGCAACUCACUUCUUCUUCGCCAUCGUAUUCGUAAUCUUCUUCUUCAUACACUGCGCCUUUAGACUGUCGUCGUGGGACUACUUUAUAGCCGCCGUAUCACUAUACGCCGCCUCCUUGCUGUUUGCGGUCCUCAAGACGUACUUUCGCCACGGCGUCAGCCACGCCGCGCAGAUUCGCUGCGACACACCACACUCCCUUCGCAUUGGCGUUGCGACGAAAUCAAGCUGGAAACCUGGCCAGCAUGUCUUUUUGCGCUUCAUCACCUGCGGCGCGCAUUCCCUGACCGCGCACCCGCUGACCAUCUGCUCCCUCCCCGACCAAAAGAAUGGUGGAGGCGGUGAGAUGGUGUUCUUCGUGCAGCCGCGGGGCGGCCUCACGGGACGACUCGCAGCGCUCGCACGCAAACAGCCGAGUAGCAGCGUCUCAGUGCUCCUCGAAGGCCCGUACGGAGGCAUGUCCACAAGGUGGUACAAGGGCUUCGACCGCACGCUUCUGGUGGCUGGUGGCUCAGGCUGCGGUUUCACGCUCGCGCUGAUUGAGGCGUGGCUGCGUGCGGGUGAGGGGCUCGAGAAUGGGCGCCACCUGGAAGUCGUAUUGGCAACGCGCGAUCCGGAGAUGCGCAUCUGGUACACGGAAGAGCUCCAGCGCAUCGCCGAGCGCCAGUCUGUGCAAGGCAAGACGGAGCUGCCGGGCGUGACUGUCACGUUCUGCGAAACACACGAUCAAGGCCUCGUGAGCAGGCCUGACCUGAGUUCUUCCUCGGGAGAUGAAGAGAAGAGGACGGUCGUCAAGAAUGUGCAACCUGUGGAUGGCUCAAGCACUGUUGCGUCAUUAUUUGGCGUUUGUUUUUCACAUGGCCGGCCAGACACCAAGGCCGCAGUCAACCGUUUAGCAUCGACAACUGGUGUCACUGUUGGCGUGGCAGUUUGCGGCCCAGCAAGCAUGGUGUUUGAUGUCGGAGCUGCGGCAGCAGACGCACAGCUGCGUAUUGUCCAAGGCCGGCCUGGUGCCACCGAACUCUACCUCCAUAAGGAGGCUUUCUCUUAUUAA